CCUUUUAUUAUUUAUUUAUUUAUUUUAGGGCAUUGUGUUUCUCUCCACCACCUUCCCCUAUUUACACUUGAAAAUCUUAGACAGAUUAAUAACCCACAAUUUCCUUCCCUCUCUCUCUUUCUCUCUAUGAUUUUUCUUCUUUCCCUCUAUACAUUUUCUCUCCCGUUAUUUCAGCACAGAAAUAUCCGUGAUUUGGACAAAGAAGAGAGAGAGAGAGAGGGAGAGACAAAAACCAUCACUCUCCUAUAUAAAAGAAAAACUCAGAAAGAGAGAAAAGGUUAACGAUAUUUGAUAUUCGGAGAAUUUAUUUCUUCUGGGAAAAGAAGCAGAUAACGAGAGAGACAAACACAAUGGCUGUGACUUCUCCUUGUCUUUCUUCCAAUGAGAAGAAGCACUGGUGGCUUAGCAACAGAAAGAUUGUAGAUAAGUACAUAAAAGACGCACGGAAUCUCAUCGCGACGCAAGAACAGAGCGAGGUCGCUUCGGCUCUGAACCUUCUAGAAGCGGCUCUGGCCCUCUCUCCUCGGCUGGAGCAAGCGCUGGAGCUGAAGGCCAAGUCGCUCUUGUAUCUCCGGCGGUUCAAGGACGUCGCCGAUAUGCUUCAGGACUACAUUCCGAGCCUGAAAAUGGCGAGCGACGACUCGGCCGGGUCAGAGAAUUCGUCUCAGCAGCUCUCGAGGGAGCGAGUCAAGCUCCUCUCGACGAGCAGCAACUCGUCGGAGGACUCGGACGGUCGCGAUUACCCUUCGUUCAAGUGCUUCUCCGUCUCCGACUUGAAGAAGAAGGUCAUGGCUGGGCUCUGUAAAAACGGCGACAAGGAAGGGCAAUGGAGAUAUGUGGUAUUGGGCCAAGCAUGUUGCCAUCUAGGUCUAAUGGAGGACGCCAUGGCGCUCCUCCAGACCGGAAAACGCCUCGCCAGUGCCGCCUUCCGCCGCGAAAGCAUAUGCUGGUCAGACGACAGCUUCUCACUCUCCAACUUCCACGAAAUCUUCGCCCCCAACGCCCCCUCGCCGCCGCGAGGGUCGGGGCCUCUCCUCUCCGAAUCAGAGAACGUCAGCCAGCUCCUCGCCCACAUCAAGCUCCUCCUCCGCCGCCGCACCGCCGCGAUCGCUGCACUCGAUGCUGGCCUCUACUCCGAGGCCAUUCGCCACUUCAGCAAGAUCGUCGACGGCCGCCGCGCCGCUCCACAAGGCUUCCUCGCCGAGUGCUACAUGCACCGCGCCGCUGCCUUCAAAUCCGCCGGCAGGAUCGCUGAGUCCCUUGCCGACUGUAACCGCACUCUAGCACUCGAUCCGAGCUGCAUCCAUGCUCUAGACACCAGAGCCUCCCUCUUCGAAACCGUGCGGUGCCUCCCUGAUAGCCUACACGAUCUCGAGCACCUGAAACUCCUCUACAACACCAUCCUCCGCGAUCGGAAGCUUCCAGGACCUGCCUGGAAGCGCCACAACGUGAGGUACAGAGAGAUUCCUGGAAAAUUGUGCGCUCUCACAACCAAAAUCCAAGAACUGAAACAGAGAGUCGCAUCGGGAGAGAACGGGAACAAUGUGGAUUACUAUUCCUUGAUCGGAUUGAGGCGAGGCUGUUCGAGAUCGGAAUUGGAGAGAGCGCAUCUCUUGCUCUGUCUUCGGCACAAGCCUGACAAGUCCACGAGCUUCAUCGAGCGGUGCGAGCUCGCAGACGAUCGCGAUCUCGAUUCGAUCAGAGACCGAGCGAAGAUGUCCGCUCUGUUGCUCUACAGGUUGAUCCAGAAAGGCUACUCUAGCGUGAUGUCGACGAUCAUGGAGGAGGAAGCCGCCGAGAAGCAAAGAAAGAAGGCUGCGGCGGCGCUUCAGGCUGCUCAGGCGGCGAUUCAGAUUCAGCAAACACCGGAAUCGGAAUCGAAACAGAAAUCGGAAUUGAAACCGAAACCGAAACCCGAAGUCUCGAGCGUUAAAACGACACCGUCUAAUAAUGUUUUCCAGGGUGUGUUCUGCCGAGACCUCACGGUGGUUGGGAAUCUGCUUUCCCAGGUUGGGUUUAACCGUCCGAUUCCGAUGAAGUACGAAGCAUUAAGCUGUUGAUUGUGGUUUCUUUUCCACAAUUGAAAAGGAAAAAGAAAAAAAAAAAAAAAAAAAACACAUUACCGGCAAAGGGCAUCAAUCCAUAUUACGUUCUCUUUGUACAAAGGAAAAAUAUUCAAAUCCUUGCCGGGAAAUUUUGUCACCCUUUUUAAUUUUCCCUUAUCUACUACUAUUACUACUUAUUACUACAUGUACAGAAUUUCAAGUACCGAAUUUUCUACUUUUGGAUUUUCUCUA